AUGGCUGCAGCUACAGGAAACACCGGCUGGGCCCAGCUGCGGCAACAGGCAAGAAGUCUAGAAACACAGACAGAGACGCUAUUCCACACCUACUCUCAGUUCUCGACGGUAUCCGACAUCCCGGCAAAGCCCACAGAAGAAGAAAGGACCACAGAAGCGAAGCUCCAAGAUCUCCUCGAAAAACGCGAGAAUGUCAUUUCACAAUUAUCCCGCCUCCUCGAUUCAGAAGCUGCUCUCACCUCAUCCGCUCUGAAACAGAACAACCUGGCUCUCCUUCGUGAGAAGCUCGCCGAGCAUAAGCGCGAUCUCGUGCGUCUGCGCAAAACCAUUUCCGAGGCUCGCGAUCGCGCCCACCUUCUUACGAACGUUCGCUCCGACAUCGACGAAUACCGUGCCAAUAACCCCGAAAACGCCGAGGCCGAGUACAUGCUUGCUGAGCGCAGCCGCAUCGAUAAUAGUCACAACAUGGCCGAUAGCGUCUUGUCCCAGGCAUACGCUGUCCAGGACAGCUUCAAUAUUCAGCGCGAGACACUCGCCAGCAUCAACCGUCGUAUCACCAUGGCUGCCAGCCAGGUACCGGGGUUGAACAGUCUAAUUAGCCGUAUCUCAGCUAAGAAGCGCCGGGACGGCAUCAUAAUGGGCGCAUUCAUUGCGUUUUGCUUCCUGAUGUUCUGGUGGUUCUUGUAA